AUGGUUGGGAACUUGAGAAAUGGCACCGCAACUCUCCAACGAUGUCUUCGUUAUUUUUCCGACUCACCAGUGAAGACAGUGGCCAGUCUUUCAACGAAAUCUGAUGUCAAAUUAAAUGGUUGGGUGCAGAAGUCACACAAGUGUGGGGCGUUCACAUUCCUUCACAUUUCCGAUGGACUAUCUUCCAAGCAGGUUCAGGUUGUGGUGCCGAGAUCCUCGUGCCCAUCAGUCCCCGUUGGUUGUGCAGUCUCCAUCUCAGGCCGUUGGCAACCUAGUUCUGGUCCACAGCAGGACCUUGAAGUAUUAGCAAGCGAGUGCGAAGUGUUGGCUACCGACCUCGAACCGAGGUAUUCGUGUUUAUCUCCGGAUCAGAUGCGAAAGAAGGUUCAUCUUCGCGCACGUUCUCCAGCGUUUGCAGCUUUGCUUCGAUUGCGAUCAAAACUGCUUCUCAAGACGCACCAUUACUUUUCAAGUCAUGGAUACGUUCAUAUCGAUACUCCAAUGGUCACCAUGAACGACUGCGAGGGAGCUGGAGAAGCAUUCAGCAUAGCUACAACGUCUUCAACGGGUGAGGAGUUCUUCGACAAGAAAAAUGUCUACCUAUCGGUCAGUGGUCAGCUACAUUUGGAAGCCAUGGUGAGGUUGGUCUCC